UUAAAAUGACAUUAGAAAAGAAAUAUUAAAUCCGCUACCCUAAUCUGCCACCAAAAUAUUUAUACAAGUAAAAGCUUAUCACAUGAUCUCUUACAGGUAUAACAAGGCAAGAUAGAACAGGCACAUUUUGCUAUCGCCAUGCUGGAUUAGAUAAGAUCUGACUAUGGAUCAUGAACUCUGCGCACAGGACGCCUUACGAUGCAAACUAUGUGGUGUUACCGGUGUCCUCCUGUACUGUGAUCUUUGUCAGGAACAUAUGUGCAAAUUAUGCGUGGGGGAACACAUUUCCGACGAGUCCAAAGAUCACAAAGUGGUGCCGUUCAAAAAGCGAGGAUGUACUUUGAAGUGUCAAAAACAUUGUUUUAAAAUAUGUGACCUAUAUUGUGAACAAUGUGACAUUCCUAUCUGCACACUUUGUGUUUCAGCUAAAGAACAUAAAACGCAUGAUGUAGUAGAUAUUUUGAACAGGUUAGAAAGCAAAAAACAUGAGUUAGAGAAAGAUCUGGAUGAACUAGAGAAAUUCAUUUAUCCGACGUAUCAGAAGAUUUCAUCCACCCUCGCAGCUCAAAAAGCUGAUCUUAAAGAACACUCCCAAAAAUUAACAAUAACAAUUGACAGACAUGGCGAAGACUUGCACAGAGAAAUAGACCUCAAAAAACAAUUUAUGAAAUCGGAUCUUGAAGAAAUGAAUUCGAAAUACUUAAGGGUUCUUACUAACCAGGAAGAUGAAAUCCAGCGCACUAUUUCUGAAAUUACACAAAAAAUUGCUGAUUUAAAGAAAGUGGUAAACACAAAUGAUGUCAGCCUCUUCUCUGCCUACAAAUCAAGGAAUGAGGAAUUCGGAAGAUUUCCUCCUAAACUGUCGGCUACCUUACCACGCUUCACUCCUCAGAAAAUUAACAAAGAAGAGAUCUAUUCACUGAUGGGAUCUCUAUCAGCGUUAACUAUCGCAGAAGAAGAAUAUGAUUACACGUCUAAUUCUCCAGGUUCGGAGUCCUUUUCAACAAACAAACCGCUAAUUGAUGAACCAAGAAUCAUUACCGACAAUAAGACCGAGUAUGGAGGCUCAAAUGGACUUCGUAGCGUGUCAUGUCUGAAUGAUGAAAAUAUAUGGACUUGUGGCUGUGACAAAAUCAUGAGACUCCUUAACCUCAAAGGAGAGAUUGUGAAGUCCAUCCAAACUAAGUCCGGGAAUGAUCCAAAGGACAUAGCAGUGACCAGCGCUCGGGAUCUUGUUUAUAUUGAUUACCACGAUAAAACGGUGAACAUAAUGAAGGAUGCACAAAUACAAGAGCAUAUCAGACUAGCAGGAUGGUCGCCUCUCUCUGUCUGCAGUAGCCCCUCUGGUGACAUACUGGUUAUUAUGCGUAGUGACGAUAAAACACAAGCGAGAAGUGUUCGUUACUCUGGGUCUACAGAAAGACAGAUAGUCCAAUUCAAUGACAAUGGGGAGCCUCUAUACUCAUCUGGUUACAUCAAGUAUAUCAAAGAAAACAAGAAUCUAGACAUCUGUGUGUCUGACCAAGAAGCUGGCGCAGUAGUGGUGGUCAAUGAAAUCGGGAAACUCCGGUUUACAUACACUGGUCCUAUCUCUGGCAACAAGAAAUCAUUUACUCCAGUUGGUCUUUCUACAGACAGCCAGAGUCGGAUCCUGAUAGGGGACGGUGACAACCACUGUAUUCACAUUCUUGAUCAGGACGGACAGUUUUUCCGCUCCAUUGACAACUGUCAUUUGCACGCUAUCUGGGGGUUGUGUGUGGGACCUAAGGGCACCGUCUUUGUAGCUGAGUUUCGCUCUGGUAAAAUCAAAGAAAUCCAGUAUUGUGUGUAAACCCAGAUAUGACGUUAUCAUUUGUUUGCUCUUAUUUUAAUGUAUUAGAUUUGAAUGAUAUUAAAGACAUUGAAAGUAUA